AUGAAGUCUCUUCUCACAACUCUGGUUUCCCUCCUCUCUUUGACGACGGCCCUUCCCCUAAUCUCAUCAGACUCUUCGGCUUCACAACCCAUCCCAGCCUAUUCAUUCUUAUCUAGUGGUAGUAAUUCUAAAGUCGCUGGGCGUUUAUUCAACAUUGAUGGUAAGGUUGAGUAUUUUGCAGGUACAAAUGCUUGGUGGCUUGCACAUCUCUCCUCCAAUAGCGAUGUCGAUACCCCCCUCUCGCAAAUGGCUGCCACGGGCUUCAAAAUCGUACGCGUAUGGGGCUUCGGCGAUGCAAAUACCCCUCCACCUUCAACCAACACCGAUCCGAACCUUGUCUACUUUCAAAUCCUCGAUUCUACAGGAGCAUAUACAAAUUUUGGGGCAGAUGGUCUUCAGAGACUAGAUUACGUGGUACAUGCCGCUUCUAAAUAUGGCUUGAAGCUGGUGCUGAACUUCGUAAACAACUGGGUUGACUAUGGUGGAAUGCAGCCUAUACCAACGCUUUCAAUUGUUCCGCAACAUCUUUUUACACCGACGCCACCUGCCAAAAAUUUUACAAGAACUAUAUCAAAACCAACGUCACCCGCUAUCGUUCCAGCACCCGCUAUCUUCGCCUGGGAACUCGGCAAUUAA